AUGACAGAGCCAUCGAUGAACAGGGAUGAGUUAUUUCGCAAAAUUCAAGAGUUUACUUGUCAAAUGUAUGGUCUUAAUCGGUUAAAAAUAAUUAACGACGCUAGGGUUGCAUUGUUCCAAAAAACUUACAAAUUUUUGGACAGCAAUGAUGAAUUUCAGUUGCCUAAAAAAGGUAUUGACGCUUCUUCUCUACCACCAUGCGAGUCAGAACUGAACAAGCAAUUUUUAAGGGCGUGUUACAUUGCGCAAAUUUGGUCUCACGGUAACCUUCAAAUUCCAACAACUGAAGAACCCACAGACUAUGGUUGGAUAGAAAUAGACAACCGAUUUGAAUUUGAUUGGUUUUCUGGGGUUUAG